AUGAUGCAGCAGUGGAAUGGUGGUUUGCAUCCUCAAGGGGUUCCACAGGAAGCUGCAGGUGGUAGUUUCCGAGAUUUCUUCCGCAUGAAUCCUCCUGAAUUCCAUGGUGGGUUGAAUCUUGUGAAGGCUCAUUCUUUGAGGACUCAGAAAGAGUUUGAGUUUCAGCAGCUUAGACAGGGUACUAUGUCAGUAGCUGCGUAUGGUGAGAAGUUCAAAUACAUGGCUGCUUACUCUAGGCAGGCCACAUACACACCUGAUGAGAGGUGGAAGAUUGAUCAGUUUCUUUUUUGUAUGAGGGGUGAAAUUUCUCAUAGUGUAUCUCAAAGGGAAUUCACUACUUAUGCGGAAUUGUUAAGGCAAUGUUAUGUAGCUGAGAACAGUUUGAAGAAAGUUCAAGAAGAAAGGGAUCAGUAUAGGAGUGGACAUAGAGACCAAGGGAGGCCAGGUAGCCAGUUUAGGCCUAGAUCACAGGCUUUCAAAGGAAAACAGGUGCAACAUGCAAGACCUAACAAUCCUCCUCAAUGUCAAGGGAGGAGCACUGGUCGAGUUUAUACUUUGGAUGCAAGGAAGGCUAAGAGCAACAAUGCCUUAAUUGUUGGUAUGUGUCUCGUCAAUAAUCAUCCUUGUUUUGUAUUGUUUAAUUGCGAGGCGACACACUCUUUUAUAUCAAUUUGGUGCAUAAAGCAUCUUGGCUUGCAAGCAAUUCCCUUGUCUCCUCCUAUGGUGGUUACUACCUCCAUGGAUGAUGUAGUUGAGACACCGUUGAUUUGUGAAAAUUGUUCGCUCUCGGUGAAUGGUAGAAUUUUCCAGAUUGAUCUUAUUUGUUUGCCACUUAAGAAGGUUGAUGUGGUUAUGGGGAUGGAUUGGCUUUCCGCCAAUUCGGUGUUUAUUGGAUGUGAAGAGAAGUUGAUUAUCAUUCCAUCUAGGGAAGCUACUCCAAAGGAUGUAUUAACUACUUACUAUCUUGGAAGGUAA